UCGAAAUAUUUCUUUUUAGAAAAAAAUGAGUGCACUCCUCAUUAUCGCUGUAUGCGUUCUAAUUGUUUAUAAAUUCGUAAUACGACGUUCUGUUACUUGGAGAAAAGUUACGAAAUACGGAGAUGAUAAAGUAGCUGAGCUGAAAUUAGCCCCGGGCCCGAUACCUUUGCCUGUAAUUGGAAGUUUGCACUUACUUGGAAAAAAUGAGUCCCCAUUUCAAUCGUUUACGGAAUUAUCUGGAAUAUAUGGGGACAUAUUUAGUAUAAAGUUAGGUUCUUCACAGUGUCUGGUUGUAAAUAGCUUAGACAAGAUUCGGGAAGUCUUGAACCAGAAUGGCAAAUUCUUCGGCGGUCGUCCUGACUUCUUGAGAUUUCACAAAUUAUUCGCCGGCGACAGAAAUAAUUCCUUGGCCCUUUGUGAUUGGUCAAAUCUUCAACUCAGGCGUAGAAAUUUGGCACGACGUCACUGCGGCCCGAAACAGCACACGGAUAACUUCGCUAGAAUCGGUUCCGUGGCCACAUUCGAGUCAAUCGAGCUCAUCCAAACCUUAAACAACGUAACGCGUUCAACGAUUGGAAGUAUCAAUCUGAAACCUCUCCUGAUGUCAACAGCCAUGAACAUGUUUUCAAACUACAUGUGCAACAUACGCUUCGAUGCUGACAAUGAUAUGGAAUUCAGAAAGAUAGUGGAUCAUUUCGAUGAAAUCUUCUGGGAAAUAAAUCAAGGAUACGCUGUUGAUUUCUUACCCUGGUUGGCUCCAUUCUACAAGAAGCACAUGGAGAAGUUAUCGAACUGGUCACAUGAUAUCCGCUCUUUCAUUUUAUCCAGGAUUGUAGAACAAAGGGAGAUUAAUUUAGACAUGGAGGGACCUGAGAAGGACUUCCUCGACGGUCUCUUAAGAGUACUCCAUGACGAUCCGACCGUUGAUAGAAAUACAAUUAUAUUCAUGCUCGAGGACUUUCUUGGUGGACAUUCUUCCGUGGGUAAUUUGGUGAUGCUCUGUUUAGCUGCUGUCGCCAGAGAUCCGGAUGUAGCUAAGAAGAUAAAAGCGGAAAUCGAUGGAUUAACUAAAGGCAAACGUGCAGUGACGUUAGCUGACAGAAGUUUAUUGCCAUAUACAGAAGCAACGAUUCUGGAAUGUUUGAGAUAUGCCUCAUCCCCCAUCGUUCCUCACGUGGCCACAGAAAACGCUAACAUAUCUGGAUACGGCGUCGAGAAAGGAACGGUCGUCUUCAUAAACAACUACGAAUUGAACACAUCAAAUAAAUACUGGGACGAACCGCAUAAAUUCGAUCCGUCUAGAUUCUUGGAACGCACUAAAGUACGAACUAGGAGAAAUUCUCAGUGUGAUUCAGGCAUGGAGUCAGAUAGCGAGAGAAUUGGUCCAAUCAAUAAGGCUACAGAAGUUGAAAAGGAAGUUGUUACCGUUAAGAAGAACAUACCACACUUCUUGCCGUUCAGCAUUGGUAAGAGGACGUGUAUUGGUCAAACGUUGGUCACCACUAUGAGCUUCGUCAUGUUCGCAAACAUCGUCCAGGAGUUUGACGUAGCAGCUGUCAAUAAAGAUGAUCUGAUACAGAAACCAGCUUGUGUUGCCUUACCGAAAGAUACUUUUGAACUUUACCUCUUGCCAAGAAAAUAUUAAACUCAUAUUAAUUUAGAUAAACCUCCUUAUUUAUUCUAUGUGAAUUGAAUUUAGUUUUUCAUUA